AUCAGCGCUCAUCCACCAUCUCCUGAGCUUCAACAGGACCUCCCAAGCUCAAUCCCUCAUCCAGCAGCUUCUCGCCGGAAAAAUCACUUCCCCCCAUUUCACGGCCUCUUCUCUUCUUCAUUAUCUCAUCGCCCACACUGGGUUCCCCCUUUCUGCUUCCCUCUGUGAAUCCAUCGUCUCUGCUCACGUGCAGGCCCAGUUACCAGAUCAAGCCGUCUUCUUCUUCAGCCAUAUGAAGGCACCCAACUCGAAUGCUCUCAACUGUCUUCUUGAUUUCCUUGUAAAGAGUGGGAAUUAUGUGAAGGCUUUGGGGGUUUUCGAGGACUCGAAGAGGAAGGGCUUGGCCUUGGAUCUGUACAGUUUCGGGAUUGUGAUCAAGGGCUGUUGUGAGGCUGGAGAUUUGAGUAAGGGGUUUGAGGUUUUUGGACAGUGUGAGGCUAUGGGUUUGUGUCCAAAUGUUGUCUUGUACACUACUCUGAUCGACGGGUGUUGUAAAAAUGGCAAUUUAAAACAGGCAAGGGAGUUGUUCGAUAGAAUGCCACAGUUAGGGCUUGUUCCGAAUCAGUUCACUUAUACUGCUCUUAUCAAUGGGUGUUUCAAGAAUGAGGCAAAAAGAGAUGGGUUUGAGCUCUAUGAGAGGAUGAAGCUUGACGGUGCGUACCCAGACACAUACACAUACAGCUCCAUGAUCAAUCUCCACUGCAAUGAGGGACGAAUAGAUGCUGCUUUUCAACUGUUUGACGAAAUGCGCGAGAGAGGGGUUGUAUGCAAUGUUGUGACGUAUAAUACCUUAACUAGAGGAUUAUGCAGGCAGGCGAGAAUGGCGGAUGCUGAGAGAUUGGUUACCCAGAUGAAGAGUGAUGGAUUUGCCCCUAAUGUGAUCACUUUUAACAUCCUAAUAGAUGGGUAUUGCAAAUCCGGGAAGAUAGAGAGAGCACUGAACUUGUUCAAUCAUGUAAAGUCCUGUGGCUUAUCCCCAUCAUUAAUCACAUACAACUCUCUCAUCGCAGGUUUAUCUAAAUCACAUAAGCCACACAGAGUUCUUGAUUUAGUCCGUGAGAUGGAGGAGAGAGGUGUCUCUCCUUCAAAGGUGACAUACACGAUUCUGAUUGACGCUUUUGCCCGAUCUAACAACAUGGAUAAAGCACUUGAAAUGGUUUCUUUCAUGGAUAAAGCCGGUUUGGUUGCAGAUAUGCACACAUAUGGUGUCUUGCUACGUGGUUGGUGUGAUCAAGGCAAAAUGAAGGAGGCAUCAAAGCUAUUCAAAUCAAUGCAGAUGGAACCCAACAGUGUCAUGUAUAAUACAAUGAUCUAUGGGUUCUGCAAAGAGGGAAACUCAUAUCGGGCCUUGAGGCUGCUCAAGGAAAUGGUUGACAAUGGAAUGGUUCCAAAUUCUGCUAGCUAUCACUUGACUAUAGAGGUUCUUUGGAACGAUGGGAAAUGGGCCGAUGCUCAAAUUGUUUUAAACAGCAUGAUGAAAUUUGGCGUGAAGCCUAAGGUUUCCCUAAAUGACAUGAUAAGUACAAGCAAAAAGGUUCAUAUGGAUUAAUGCUUUUGAGGGAAUUUUUGCAGUUCUAGCAUGGCAUUGGGGCCAUGUCAAGAAACAUAAAGCUGACAACAUGAUGCAGACAACAUUUUCACAAAGGUGGUAGCUAGAAGUAGAGGAUGUUUGAGAUUGUGUUUGAGAACAACCUUCAAGCUUCAGCUAAUGGAUUAUGAAUUAAAAAGUGCAAAUUUCUACUUAUUACUUCUACUUUUUCAAGAAGUCACGGCACUCCCAAACACCUUUCUAGUGAAUGAAUGAAGUAACAGAUCCCGU